AGAGGCUGGCACACCCAGAGAUGCGGCAGCUCUCUCUUCCACUGUGUCCUUGCCCAUUCAACCCAGGCUGACAGUGAUCUGCCUCACACAUGGCCUGGGCCUCAUGCAUAUGGAGGAGGGCAGGGAGAGGAAAAAAAAACUAGAACAACAACUAUCUGUGUAUGUGUGUUUGAUGUGUUUAUUUCACACAGGUGUAUGUUAAUGGUACAUAUCACAGCCGACCACUUGAUUGUUUGUUUACCUUCAUGUGUCUCUGGUCUAGAACUAAUGCAUUCCUCCUCUCCUCAGUUAAUCCCGCAAUUUUUCUUCCUGAGUGUGGGCAUCACAGGGGCCACCCUCUAUCUGAUUCGUCUGGCGAGAGGACCUCAUGUCAUCUUCUGGGACAAGAAGAACAACCCAGAGCCCUGGAACAAGCUCGACCCAACCUACCAGUACAAGUUUUUGGCGGUCAACACAGACUACAAGAACCUGAAGAAAGAUGGCCCUGACUUCUAAAGGUCCUCCAGGCAACUCCAGGGGCACCGAGUUUGGCUUGACCCCCUGCUGUGGCCUCAGUGAUGUGAAACGUCUUCCUGAACAUUUGCUCAGUCUUACCUCAUGCUCCACGACAAGAGCUCUGAAUUAACACUGUAACCUGCGAACAAAAACUAAUAAAAGGUCAUGUGAGA